UGACAGUUUGUCAACUCAAUGUUGUUGUGUCAAAAUUUUGUUGAUAAUCCUUUUUUAUAAAUAGAAUAAUUUUUGUGAUAACGUGCUGAUCUUUUGAACGAGUGUUAACACCCCUGACAUGAUGCCAACUCAACUGGUACAAGACAACCACGCGAACGACGUGCGUGUAAAAACUGUUUACAGUGGAGAUGUGAUGAUAACAUACAUCAAACAUAAUAUAACACUUGAGGAGUUCACCCAAGAGAUGAUAGCAAUAUGUAGAUUCCUACCUGAUCAGGUGUUUACGAUGAAGUGGGUCGACGAAGAAGGUGACCCAUGCACUAUAUCAACGCAGCUCGAGUUGGAUGAAGCGUUACGGCUGUAUGAACUUAAUCGUGACUCUGAGCUGACUGUUCAUGGAAAAGAAGCGUGUAAUCUUGUCACCACAUGUUAACAUGUCUUCUAAUAAAAUACAACCAAGACAGAGAUGUUCGCAAAUA